CCUCUCCCUCCUCACACACCUCCGCCCUCGCCCUCUCGCCGCCGCUGCCCCCGCACCCGGCGCUCCUGCUGCUGCAUCUCGCCUGCUGCGCCUGGCCGCCUAGAACCCAGCCCGCUGCUGCCCCAUCGCUGCCCAUCCCACCCCGCCGCCGAGCCGGCACGUGCACGCGCCGCUCUCACGCCCGCUCCCUCUGAGCCUGCCUCUCUCGCACCGCCCGAUCCGCGCACUCGCCAUGGCACAGCCCGCGCGCCGUCUGGCAGAGGAGGCUGCUGCAUCCGGCGCACUGGCCGGCGCCGGCGUCGGGGCCGGCGGCGAGCCCAUCGCCGAUGACGACCCGCUCGCACACGACGAGCGGCAAGCUGGCGAGGAGGAAGAGGAGGAGGAAGAGGAGGACGACGAGACGGGCGUGCCUCAGCAGGAGGAGGAGAUGUACGAGUCCGAGUCGCAAACAGACAGCGGCACCGACUCGCUGACGUGGAUCUCGUGGUUCUGCUCGCUGCCCGGCCACGAGUACUUUGCCGAGGUGGCUGAAGAAUUUGUGGAGGAUGACUUCAACCUGACGGGCCUGAAUGCGCUCGUGCCGUUCUACAAGGAGGCGCUGGAGAUGAUCCUCGACGUCGAGCCGCAAGAGGACUCGCAAAAGAUCCCAGACGUCUCGAUCGUCGAGUCGAGCGCGGAGCUGCUGUAUGGCCUCAUUCACCAGCGCUACAUCCUCACGCGGCAGGGCCUGCAACAGAUGGUGGAGAAGUACGAGUCAGGGCACUUUGGCUACUGCCCGCGCGUCUUCUGCCACUCGCACCCGGUGCUGCCGUGCGGGCGGAGUGACCUGCCGGGCCUGGACACUGUCAAGCUCUUCUGCGCCAACUGCAUCGACAACUACUCGCCGCCGAGCAGCCGCUUCCACGGCGUGGACGGCGCGUUCUUCGGCACCACGUUCCCGCACCUGCUCUUCCAGUCCUAUCGCGAUCUCGCGCCCUCGCCGAUCGCACCGGCUGGCUCCAACUCUGCCUCGCUGAACCCGCAGUCGCGCGUAUCUGACUCGGUCUCCUCCACGCUCGCCAACGGUGCCGAGGCAGGCGGGAGUGCCUCUGCCUCCGCCGACGCCUCCUCCUCCACCGCCUCGCCAGCCACACGGCCAGGCACGCUGCUGCCGUCGCAGCUGGGCACCAAGGUGCCGGCCUCGCGGCUGUACACGCCGCGCAUCUACGGCUUCCGCGUCAGCGAGAUGGCCAAGAGCGGGCCACGCAUGCGCUGGAUGCGUAUGCGGCCCGAGAGCUUCGCCGAGCUCGACCACGGCCACGCACAUCCGGCCUCCGCGCCAGCGACAGCAGGCGCCUCGAACGCAGCGACACCCGGCUCCACCAAUGGCGCAUCGCCGGCGCUGGAACGUGCCGCCGCGUCGCCGACGGCGAGGGCAACGCUGCACGGCCGGCCGAUCGCAGGGCGCGGCGCAGGAGUGGGUGCGGCGCUCUGACGAGAUGGGCCUCCCUUGAGAGCUGCUUUCCCGGAUCUCCCCUCGUUCCCGCAGCUAAUCUCUCGCUCGACGUCCCGCGCUUCCGGUCUACGUCACUUUACCCCAAACCCAGCCCUUCGCCGUGGCAUGCGUACGUAUGUGUGCGCCGGCGUGGUCCUCUCUAUUUCUCUGCCUCGACCCACAUCUCCUGCGACACGCUCUGUAUCCCACACACCCACGCACUCGCACACAGUUCCGUCGUCGCUUGGAGGC